UAUAUAUAUAUAUAUUUUUUUUUUUUUUUUUUGUUUUUUUUGUUUUUUUAAACCACAUUUUUGGAAAUGAUGGUCAGAUUAUGAGGUCACUUUUUGGUUUUGGUCCUAUCUAUCUUAACCUCUCUGUUUAACUUUACUCUGCAUGCCGAGGCUGAGAACUGGAAGCCUGACUAUUAUAAUCAUAAACACUUCUGCAUGUGCAACAAAACCAAUCAAAACAACAGGCAACUAAUCAUCAUUGUAAAUAAUACAAUGCCUUACUGAAGUUAAAGUAUAUCAAUAGAAUUAGCUCUUCUGUAUGAAUGUAACAAGAACAAUUUUCACUAUUGCAAAUAGUUAUAAAGUAGAUGUAGUACACAUAUUUUUAUAAUAUAAAUACCCUCAUCUACCAUGUAAACAAGCUGUAGAUCUUAUAAAAUGUAUUCCGAGCUAUUAUCUGUUAUGUCUUAUCUUAUUGAUUAGGUUUAUUGUGUAUUGUGUUUGUUAUUUUAGGAUUUGAGAGAAUGUAGUUUUUGGCUUCUAAAGGAAAUUCAAAUACUGAAAUGGUUUGUUAGACUAAUACACAACAUUUCUGGACAUACUGUGUACCAGCAGCGGUUUUAAAACCAACGUAGUUUUCUGUCAAAAGCUGAAAUUUCACAAUGUUCACAAGCUAGUGUUAUCUGUCACAAUGUUCACUAAAUCCUAAAAGUUAAUCAGUUAUUCAGUUAUUCAGUUAUUCAGUUAAUCAGUUAGUCCAGUUAAUGUAUUGUUCGUCUUGCCUCUAUAUAUGAGGAAGGGAUGUUGUGUAACAAAAGCAUAACAUUUAAUGGUAUUUUAGCUAUUUCUUGACAUUUGUGUUCAUGUUAUCAUCCUGGCCAAACUUUUAAUGAAUUUAUUUUAAUGUAUCUUUACCCUUUAAAUUUGCUUUAAAUCAGCCAUAUCCGAAACACAAAAUCCUUCUAUUUUACUUACUAAUAAUAGACAGAUGCACAAGUUCCACUCUAUGACUGUGUAAGUUUUGACUGUUAAGUUUUUUGCUGAAUCAGCCUACUUGUGCCUUUUAAGCAGACAAUAAAAGUGAGUUUUGAAGUUACAUGAAUUUAUUCCCUGUAAAAAUGGAGACACUGAGCAUGUGAUAUUUUCCAAAUGGUUAUUCUAUUAUUUGUGGCCUUCAUUUAAUUGUUCUUUGUUUCACAAUCCUUAAAGAACUGAAUAAGACAUAUAGAAACAGCUUUGCUUGAUAUAUAUUAGGCCUCCGAGAUUGGAAGAGAUUUCAAAUCAAGGUCAUUACAGUUCAUGAUUAUUGGACAGAUGGGUGUAAAACCAUACAAAAUUAUUAAGUCAAUUGUAAGCAGAUAUAACUGUAAUUAAUUGUUUUAAAGAACUGGAAACUAAUGUGUUUUGGCCUCAUCAACAGAAUAAAUGCGUUCUAUUCUCUUGAUGUGUUUCUGCGGUUUACUAUUUAUAUUCUAGCAGCACUCCACCCACUGCAACACUUGCAACAAGGAAUUCAAACCUUAAAAACAUGAAUAAUAAGUUAACAACUAAUAAUUUGUUUUUGUUUUUUUUAACUACAGUCCUUAUCUAAACACAUGAGGUGAGAAAAAGACCAAGGCUGGAUUAGUUAUUAGUGUUUGUCAAUGGGAUUUUGAAACAGGUUUUCUUACCUCUGGAACAAAAGUUAGCGUCACACUGGUUCCCUCGACAAAAAGCCAAUGAGAUUUUAUAUUGUAUUUUGGAUUAUUGCAGAAAAUAAGCUCUGUGGCAAACACAAGUUUGUGAUACUUUAGUUCAGCAAGAUGAUCAACUCAACACCACUCGAUGUGUAAUUGCAAAUGGUACACACAAGCUUAUGUGAUUUAACAUUUUGUUUUACGACCUAUGCAUCCUUAAAUACCCCACUCAUACAUUUUUGCUUUUACGUGUCUUGAAAAAGGCUAAAUGAGACUUUGAAAUGUCAUCACACAGACUACUCCGGCAUCACAGCCAAUUUGUGUACUCGCGCUCAUGCAACCGUAACAUUGGUGUAGUUCGUUUAUAACCUAACGUUAGCUUUUUACUUCUGUCGAUUUCAUUUAUGCUUCAAAAAUUAUAAAAGUGUUUAUUUGUAAAAGUUAUCUUUCUGAACAAAACAUUUAAGUAUUAUAAUCUUGUGUUUCCAUAGGUCUUAUUUUCUGCAAUAUUCCAAAAUACAAUGGAAAAAAUCCCAUUGGCUUUCUGUCACGGGAACCCGUGCAAUGCCAACUUCCGGGGUUGGUCUACAGAAAUACUUUGGCCCUGCACCAAUAGCUAACUGUUAUUAGGGGAUUUACGGUAAAGGCGUGGUUUGUCAGCCAGAGAGCUUCACGACGUCGUAAAGACGUAAACUGACGUUCUACACAUCAGUCUCACUGGAUGUGUAUAUUGUUUAAGGCUGAGCUGAAGUCAACAGCAGGUAGGAUGUUGCGGCUUCGCUGUAAGACCAAAAAUGGCAGCCACAUAAUGCAGGGCUUGACUCAUCAGUCCUGCGUGCAAGAGCUGAAGAGUAAGGUGGAGGAGCUGACUGGUAUCCCCUGUGAUGUGCAGAAGAUCAUGGUCGGUUAUCCUCCCUCCAGCCUGGAUCUUCAAAAUGGAGACGCUCACCUCAAGGACUACCCCAUCAAAUCAGGAGACACGCUCAUAGUUGAGGAAGAAAAGAACAAGCCAAAGCCUCCUCCGGAUCAUCCCACUGUGACUAAAGCUCCACGCCUGGAAGCCUCACCCACGCUGGCACGUCGAGUGGUCCCAGCUGACAACUCCUGCCUCUUCACCAGUGUGUAUUAUGUGGUGGAAGGUGGCGUAUACGACCCGGCUUGUGCCCCUGAGAUGCGAGGCCUCAUCGCCCAGAUUGUGUCCAGUGACCCCGCAGCUUACUCGGAAGCGGUGCUGGGAAAGACCAACGAGGAUUACUGUGCGUGGAUAAGACGUGACGACACCUGGGGGGGAGCCAUCGAGGUGUCUAUCAUGUCCAAGUUCUACCAGUGUGAGAUCUGCGUGGUGGACACUCAGACGGUCCGCGUGGAUCGAUUCGGGGAGGACGCCGGCUACCACAAACGCGUGCUGCUCAUCUACGACGGCAUCCAUUACGACCCGCUGCAGAAAGAGACGGCCGGCUCCGACACUCCGCCCCAGACAAUCUUCUCCACCACGGACGACGUGAUCCUGGCACAGGCCCUCGAGCUCGCGGACGAGGCCCGCCGCAAGCGCCAGUUCACGGACGUUAACCGCUUUGCGCUGCGCUGCAUUGUGUGCCAGACGGGCCUGGUGGGACAAAAGGAAGCUCGUGAGCACGCCAAGGAGACGGGCCACACCAAUUUUGGGGAAGUGUGAACACUGUUGUCUUUUCUGCCUCUCACAAAUACAACCGCCACCAACCCCGUGCCCCAGUGUCUGUCAAUCUGCUCGUGUGAUCCUCUACCUCACGUUGUCCAGCGACGUCUUUGGAGAAUCUGUAGACAUUGUGUUCAGCCUCUCGCUUAGUAUUUCUGUUUAACAGCGGUCAGUUCUCAUAGUCAGAAACACUACUGCAGUACUCUGAUGUCUCUAAACCAUAUUUUUAUUCCACUAGGAUGGUUUCAAAUCUAUUUAACUGGGUCAAGUAAAAACUAGGAACCAUUCUGAGGACAUGUUUUAAUCUCUUUGGGUUACUCGAUGGCUUGGUUGUGCCGAUAACAAACCAAAUGACGCCUCACGUGUUGGCAAUUAGAAAAUGCACCAAAUUGCCCAAUACCUAACUGUGACUAACUGAACUUCUAUUUUAUAAAACCUUGUUAUCUGGCUCUAGAAAGAGUUUAAUGCAACCAUUAAGAAUGAGUUGCACUAUGAUGUGAUCCUAUUCACUGUUGUCUUAAGAGCAGCACACAAAGAAUGACUGUUAUCAUGUUGGCUGUGUAGCAUGUUUUUUUAUUUCCCUCGAUUUAUGUCAAACUCUUCUAAUAUAAUAAAUGAUCAUUUGGUUAAUUGUAGACGUCCGAGUAGUUCAGCACAGUUGGGCUGUUCAUGCUAAACCACAUUGAGAUUGAGGUUAUGCAUUUUGAAAUCAUUUAGCAAUCUGUGAUCCAAAGUUGGCCUAAUUAUGUCUUUUUUUGUACCCUUCCUUUUUGUGAUGUGACACUGUUUAUCAAUGAACUUAUUUUAGAUUAGACAAAAACAUAAUGGUGCUGAAACAUUUCAGUUUCUGUAGCUCAGUUAUUCUUCAUGGGUACGACAGUAUUUCAGGAGUCUCAUUUUAAUUCUAGUGUCAUUUUCAAAUCUCAUCAUGCUGUUAUCUUUAAAAUGUUUUUGUUUUAAAUUGAAGAACACUAAGAGUGAUGAGGUGUUUGUAUCUCAGAUACAAGUCAUUGUGGGAGUGUAGUUACUAGACAGAGUGUGAGACGUUCUAUAUGAGAUGAAUCCUGCUCACUUAAUGGUUCACUGUACAGGUACAUUCUGUGUUUAGCUCAUCAGCAUUAAACAUUUUACAGCUUAUAUUUACAGCCCCAAAAGUAUUUCUAGUCGGGGUGUUUGAAAACCACGACUAAAAGAGCAUUUGGUUUAAUAUGUAGUGCAUGUUGUCAAAAACAAAAAAAAACGCCAUUUUGUUCCACUGUAUGUUUCGCACAACUGGAGCAUGUUGUCGCAUCUCUUUGCUCAGUCCUUUGAUACUCACUGCCUAUGAGGAUGGAGCAUUCAUUGACUUAUGUUAAACCACAGAUCAAACAUGUUAAAUUGAAGGACAUUAAUAUAUUGUUGGGCUUUUAGCUUAAAUCCCACUUCAUUAUGGCCUCCCGUUGUGCAGAACCAGUAUUUCUACUUCACAUAUCUGUGAUGGCAAUAUUGGGAACUAGUUUUUGCCAAAAAUGUAAGUUGAACAGUCGAGGCGUUGAGAUAUUUCUUCAGAGAUGGUGUUGGAUAUUAACAAAAGGCAAAGCUAAAAUGAAUUGCUAUGAUUUAUUUUCCUCUGUUAACUUGAGGUAUUUUCUUUCAUUUUAAGUGUUUAUGGAUUAUGUCAGCUUACUUCAAAGUGAAACUAUGAAAUGGCUUUGUUGUAUUUUGUAUUUACAAAGUUCUCAAGACUCUUCAAGGACUAUAACGAAGAAUGUUGCACACGAAGCACUGCAGAAUAACUGGAUUUACUUGAUUCUUUUCAGUGUUGUCACAAUUAAAAGUUAUAGCCGACGGUGUUGGGUACGAGUUG